CAGAGAAGCAUCAGUCGCCUUCACAGCUCAGUGCCAGCAUGACUUACAAGAUUUUUUUCCUGGCUGCCAUUGUGGCAGUUGCUCUCGGCCGCCCAGAACUUCCACCAACAUACGGGCCCCCGCCUGUGCCAGCCUACAGUCCACCAAGACCAGCUUAUGGAGCUCCAGUUUACCCUGAUACACCUCCCCAGUACGACUCCCAGUACGCCGUGAAGGACGACUACUCCGGCAACGACUUUGGCCACCAAGAAAAUCGCAACGGUUACGACACCAAGGGAACUUACUACGUCCAGCUUCCCGACGGUCGCGUACAGAAAGUGUCUUACGUUGUCAGUGGCGAUUCCGGCUACGUAGCCCAGGUUGAAUACCAGGGUGAAGCCCAGUACCCAGCGUACCAGCCAGCCCCAGCCUACAAGCCCGCCCCAGCCUACCAGCCCACCCCAGCUUACGCCUAAUAAAAUAAUUAUUCAUAUAAUUCCGACUGAUUUUUUUACUGAAAUGUCAUGAAUAAAGCUACUGA